UCUCUGUCUGCCAGUCUGAUCUGAAUGUAACAGUCACCACACGGGAGGAAUAUAAUUUGUAAAGGCUUCAGUCUGCUGAAUGGUCUGCAUCCAUCUCAAAAUGGCUGUUAGGACUUUCUGGAAUAUUCUGCUGUAUGUUAUUUCAGUAGUUUCAUCAACCUACCCGAAGGAGCAAACCGUCGUUGGAAUCAUCGGAGAGCCCGUCCUUCUGCCUUGCGGUCACUCCAAAUUGUCAACUGGCAACUACCCAACAAAAACCCGAAUCUAUUGGCAAGAUUUAACCCCCAAAGUGCUGCAUGUUUUCAAUGAUGGAAAUGAAGAGUAUGACUACCAAGACCCUUUUUACACAAACAGAACAACAAUUAACAGAGAUCAGUUGGCUUCUGGAAAUCUGUCACUCCUGCUCAACCCAGUAAAUGUCCCAGACAAUCGCCUGACCUGCCGUGUCAUUCUAAUAAUAAAUGGUGUAAAAUCAGAAGUGUGCCAAAUCACUCUCAAUGCAGCAGCGAGAUACCAGAAGCCCAAUUUGACAGUAAACUCCACAGACAUGACGCUGGUGUGCACCACUCGUGGAGGCUUCCCCGAAGCCCAGAUGACGUGGAGGACCCAUAACCGUACUCUGGGCCCUCAGGAGGCUGUCACCAAGACCACCCAGGAUCCCGGAACGAGAACCUACAGCAUCAGCAGCCGAGUGAAUGGGACAGAGGGACAAAAUAUGACCUGCAGUGUCCACAACCCCACCCUCAACGAGAUCCAGAGUACCUCUAUCGUCAUACCCGAAAAGGAAAACCUUUCACUGGGAAUUAGCCUGGCAGUUUGUGCGUCCGUCAUCAUAUCGUUGAUUGUGGUCAUUCUCUGUAUAAAAUACCUCAACUUCAUGAAGCCACUGAGAAAGAUGAUCCAUUGCUGUCCACAAUCUGAUCCUGAACACCCUCCACAAGAACCAGAAAUUGAGGAACUGAAUCCACAACAGUAGCGAUCAACUCCCAAGCUCCUCCAGUGGUGAGGAAGAGGACCAGUAACUGUGUUGCUGGUGCACAUUAUUUUGAGCAACCAGCCAUGGCUGGACAAAAUGAGGACGUUGGUAAUGUAGAAAUAUUGAGAGGCAUGCUGCUACCAACAAUCUUGCAUUGAAGCUGAUCUGUGAUGCUAGUAAUCUAUUUGCAAUAAUCCAGCAUUUAGGUCCAGGUGUUUAUACAAAAUAUUUUACUUUAUCUAAGGACGGAUCAAAUUGAGAAGCUAAGAUGUAGGACUCACUUGAAGAAAAUAACAGACAGUUACAGUCAAUAUCAAUUAAAAGACACAAAAGGUGUACUUGGAUAGUGAACCUGUAACUGAACCUGAAUGUGUUGCGUUAUAACGAAAGUGUUUUUGUCAUAAUGUGUUUUAGUAUUUUCUAUAUGUCCCAACAGACACAUAGACAAUGAAUAAAGAAACAAUCACACCUCAUUCAAACUCAGAUAGGUAUGGAUAGAGAUCACAGGAGGCUGGUGGCACCUUAAUUAGGGAGGACGGGCUCGUGGUAAUGGCUGGAGCGG